CUACUACUAGACUCCGAGUCCGACUCCGAGUCGCUUCCAAAUUUGGCGCCAAAUCUUCCUCACUGGGCUUUCAUUGUUUCAUUGUCAACAAAGCUUGAAUAGUGCAAGCGCCAACAACAAUAUUGAAGCUGGACAGGAGGUCUUCCCAUGAGCCAAAGGUUCCGGGCUCGGGAGAAGCGCUCACGAGGCUGUCAAGGCUGAGGUAGCCAUGAGAUUUGUUUUCUGGAUGGUACAUGCACCCCAGUGUUGCGAAGGCUGAGGGUCCCCUUCAUCAAUUGCGAAGGCUGAGGGUCCUCUUCGACGGCGCUUCCCAGUGAACACACAGUUCCAUCAUUGCUUGGCGUCAUCAAAAUCUACUAUAAUUGGCGCUGAUGGCGGCCAAUGGGAGCAACCCCGCUCCUUCGGAAGAGAGCAUCGACAGCGCCACCUUCAGCAGCCGCCUGCAGACCUUGUAUGCCAGCUGGGAGGCUUCGCGCGCAUCGCUGUGGGGUGGUGCGCAGGCACUGGCGGUGGCCAGCGGGCCGGGCAGCGAGGACCUACGGUACCUUAAGUCUUCCGCUUUGCAGCUCUGGCUCCUCGGGUUUGAGUUCCCAGAGACCAUCAUGGUGUUCCUUGCCGGAGGCGUCCACUUCAUCUGCAGCAAAAAGAAGGCUGGUAUGUUGGAGGCGGCCAAAGCAAGCUUCCCUGAAGACCUUAAAGUGCAGGUCCAGAUCCAUGUGAAGGGCCGCAGCGAUGACGGGGCCACCCAUAUUGCGGCGGUGCUGAUUGCGCUCAAAGAGAGCAGCGGGGCGACCCCGGCAGUGGGCUGGCUGCCCAAGGAGAAGCCGGAGGGCGACCUCAUGACCAGGUGGGCGAGUGCGCUGUCUGCGAGUGGGGCGACGCUGGUGGACGCCGCGCCCGGGCUGGCGUACCUGCUGGCCACCAAGGACGAGGCAGAGAUCGUGAACGUGAAGCGGGCCGCCCUCCUGGCCGCCCAGGUCCUCAAGAUGCACGCCAUCGUGCAGGUCGAAGAGAUCAUCGACCAGGAGAAGACUGUAACGCAUGCCAAGCUCUCCGAAGAUGCGGAGGCAGCGCUGCUAGAGCCGUCCCGUGUCAAAGUUAAGUUGAGGGCGGAGAACGUGGACUUGGCAUAUCCCCCCAUUUUCCAGAGCGGGGGGGAGUACGACAUCCGCCCUGCUGCUGAGAGCAGCCCGGGAACUUUGGAUUUUGGGACGUGUGGGGUGAUCCUGCUGGCCGUUGGGGCCAAGUACAACUCGUACUGCGCCACGCUGGCGCGCUCCCUCCUCAUCGACUCCACCAAGAAACAGGAACAGGUGUACAAGGCCUUGUUGCGUGCUCAGGAGGCGGUCAUUGCCGCGCUGCGCCCUGGGGCGCGCCUGGCCGACGUUUAUCAGGCGGGCGUAGCAGUGGUGCAGGCGGACGCCCCGGAUGCAGUGCCCUUCCUGUCCAAGACGUUUGGCAGCAGUAUCGGGCUGGAGCUGCGUGAGGGCACCUACUCCAUCAGUCCCAAGAACAAGGAGACCGUGCGGCCCCACAUGUGCUUCAACGUUGCGCUGGGCGUGCAGGCGGUGCCCAACCCGGAGGCUCCGGCGGGGGCGUCCCGCGAGUACGCCCUGCUGCUGGCCGACACCGUCAUCGUGAAGCAAGACCAGGCCGAGGUGGCCACUGCCUCGUGCUCCCGCGCCUGGAACGAGAUUGCUUACUCCUUCAAGGAUGGAGACGACGAGGAGCCCGACGUGAAGCCGCCUCCCCCGCCACCGCGCCGGGCCGCUGCCGCCGUGGAUGCGAAGAAUACGCUGCGCUCAGAGAAGGAGCUGAACAAGGAAGAGGAGCGCAAGCGGACGCAGGCGGAGCUGGUGGCGCAGAAGAACGAGGAGACGCGGCGCCGCAUCCUGGACAUGGCCAACGGAGGCGCAGGGGGCUCAGGCGGGGGCGCAGGCGGGGGCGGCGGGCGCGGGGGCGGCGGAGAGGUGGUGGCGUACCGCGGGGUGGACGACAUUCCGAGCAGCCGCGAGCUGAUGAUCCAGGUGGACCAGCGCAACGAGGCCGUGCUGCUGCCCAUCUACGGCCUCAUGGUGCCCUUCCACGUGGCCACCAUCAAGAACGUGACCAGCUCCCAGGACGGCGGCAUCAGCCUGAUCCGCAUCAACUUCAACGUGCCCGGCGCAGCGUUCGGCGCGGGGUACACCCCGGCCGUGAAGUACCCGGACUCGGUGUUUUUGCGCGAGGUGUCGUACCGCAGCAGCGACGCGCGGCACAGCAACCAGGUGGUGCAGCUGCUCAAGACGAUGCGCCGCCAGGUGGCGCAGCGGGAGAACGAGCGGGCGGAGCGCGCCACCCUCGUCACCCAAGAGCGCCUCCAGCUCCUCAAGGGCCGCGCGCCUCGGCUGAGCGACGUCUGGAUCCGGCCCAACUUUGGCGGGCGCGGCAAGAAAGCGACCGGGACACUGGAGGCGCAUGCUAACGGGUUCCGCUACGCCACCAACAAGGCGGACGAGCGGCUCGACAUCAUGUACGGCAACAUCAAGCACGCCGUCUUCCAGCCUGCGGACAACGAGAUGAUCACGCUGAUCCACUUCCACCUGCACCACCCCAUCAUGCUGGGCAAGAAGAAGACGCAGGACGUGCAGUUCUACGCCGAGGUCAUGGACGUCGUGCAGACCGUCCACAGCGGCCGCCGCGCCAUGUACGACCCGGACGAGAUCGAGGAGGAGCAGCGGGAGCGCGAACGACGCAACAAGAUCAACAAGGACUUUGAAAACUUUGUGAAAAGGGCGCAGGAGCUAUUCGGGCAGCUGGACCUAGAGUUCGACGUGCCGUUCAACCAGUUCGCGUUCACGGGGGUGCCCUUCAAGACCUCCGCCAAGAUCAUCCCCUGCGUCAAUUGCUUGGUGUCACUGAUUGAGGUGCCAUUCCUGGUGGUGACGCUGGACGAGAUCGAGAUUGUCAGUCUGGAGCGUGUGGGAAUGAGCAAGAAGAGCUUCGACAUGACCAUCGUCUUCAAGGACUUCCGGAAGGACGUCCACCGCAUCGAUGCUAUCCCCACUGCCUCGCUGGAGAUGAUCAAAGACUGGUUGACGAGCAUGAAGAUCAAGUACUAUGAGAACCGGCUGAACCUGGUGUGGAAGCCCAUUUUGCGCACCAUCCUGGACGACCCCGACAAGUUCCUCGAGGACGGCGGCUGGGAGUUCCUCAACGCGGACGCCUCCGACGAGGAAGGCGGCUCCGAUGAGGAGUCCGACGCGUACGAGCCGUCCGACGAGGAAGCCGCCUCCGAGUCGUCCGAGGAGGAGGACGACGAGAGCGUGGUGGCGUCCGACGAGGACGACGAGGACGGCAGCAGCGGCAGCGACGAGGACGAGGAGGAGGGCAUGGACUGGGACGAGCUCGAGGAGCAGGCCGCCAGGGAGGACCGGGAUCGCAGCGAUGAAGACGACAGUGAAGACGACCGGCGGCGGAAGAAAGGCAAGGGGCGGCCGCCAGACCGCCGGGGAGCGCCGCCGAGCAAGAAGAUGCGGCGAUGAGGAGACCAUCUCGAAAGCCCAAAGCCUUGGCCAGGGAACUGGUCGAGUUAAGACAUCUGCGGAACUGCUUUGUUGGGCCGACACUAGAAAAGCAUUCUGGGAGAGCUUCAUUCCAUCAGAUGUAUGUGCGAUUUAACCACGAUACAGGCCUUCGAAGAUCGUGUGCAAGGCGUUUUAUUGUCAUUCUUUCGAUC